AUGAUCGCCGAGAGCACCACCGCCUUAUCCUUUGCCCACGCCGCCACAUCCCCAACAGAGGCACCCACAGCUGGCGUUAACCCUAGCAAACUACAGCAGAAGCGCGACAGACGCAAGAAGCUGCAGCUCGCCGCGCAAAAGAGGCUCGAGAUCCGUCACCAGGGGCCACAGUCGGCGGCGGCGGCAGCGGCGGGGCAGCAGCCUCUCGUCACCACCACCGGCGAGCAGCAGCGCACCAAGAGGAAGCCGCGGCACAGCCUGACGGAUCUCGAGAAGCGCCGGAAGAAGCAGGCGAAGCGCGCGGCCAGGAGGCUGAAGAAGGAGUUCUUCCUGGACCUCGAAAAGGUCACGGCCGGCAUCGCGGGGCUGGGGAGGGCGGAGGGGCAGCAGGAGGCGGCGCGGGAUGGGACGACGGGCAUGGAGCUUGACGCAUAG